CGCUGGACUUUAGCGCCCAGCGGUGCAGCCAGCUGCGGGACAGCUGGGCAGCUGCGGUGGGGGGUCGCGCAUCCUCUGCAGACGACAAUUUGAGGCGUUCUCUACGUGCUGCGAAGAGGACGCGGGGGAAGGGGGUGUUCAUGUUUCACUCCCACUCGGAGAUGGGAGGCGGCGGGGACUCGGCGCACAGCUGGACGGCAAAGGUGGCUGGAGAGCAAGGCAACAGCCGCAGAUUGGUCUCACUUCAAGUUUAAACGGGCAAGAAAGCGGGAGGAAGAAAUUGCAAAGAAACAGACCAAGAUAGGUUUUUGCAUUAUAGAGAGACAUGGGCAAUUUCAAAGGUCAUGCUCUGCCUGGAAGUUUUUUCCUCCUCUUUGGCUUGUGGUGGUCAGUGAAGUACCCGCUAAAGUAUGUCUGUCGAAAGAACAAGAACGCUUGUUACCUUGGUUCCAGAGCAGGAUUUCAGCGCUUGGAAUUUAUUGAGGGGAUCGUCAAAGCAGUAUUUGCCCUGAUUGGUAUGCUAGCUGAGCAGUUUGUUCCUGAUGGGCCUCAUCUGAAGUUGUAUAAUUAUGAGGAAAAACACUGGGAUCACUUGAUGAACUGGCAGCAUGCCACCAUGUAUCUCUUCUACAGCAUCUCAGGGCUGGUUGACAUUGUGGCUCAUGGCACCAAUGCAUUGCCAGUGGCCUUGGAUAGGAUGAUGCUUUCAUUAGCAGUUUUCAUUGAAGGUUUUCUCUUUUAUUACCACAUACAUGGGCGAGCCAUGCUGGAUUUUCAUGUUCAUCAGUUACUUUUAGUGGCUAUCUUUGGAGCAGCCUUUUGCAUAUUUCUGGAAGUCUUCUUCCGUGGCAGCAUUGUCCUUGAGAUGCUCCGGACGAGUCUCUGCAUUCUGCAAGGUAGCUGGCUCUGGCAGAUUGGUUUUGUACUUUAUCCUCCAAAUGGGAGACUGGAAUGGAACCAAAUGGAUCACAAUAAUACGAUGUUCUUGACAAUGUGCUAUUGCUGGCAUUAUGCCUUUGCUUUUCUUAUACUUGCAGUGAAUUACACUAUUGUCAGCUGGGUAGUUCGUUCAAAGAUUAAACAGGCCCAGUCCGUGGAGAUGGGAUUACUGAAAACAACUGAACGAGAUCAGGAAUCAGAAGACGAAAUCUAGUUUUGUAUAAAUUCUGUUUUACCACUUUGCCUUCUUCACCAUUAAGAUAAUUUUUACCUCAUUUCUAGACUAGUUUACCAUCUUGUUUGUUCUUCAUAUAACUCGCUAUGCAAGUAUCAUCCAUAAAGUACUGUAUACUUACUUCUACAUAAUUAGAUUCUUAUUUGCAGAGUGUAGGCCUGAUAUUAAUUUGUGGUGUUUCCAUUAGUACAUUGUUCAUCACAUGCUUUAGUGGAAAAAUAUUUUCCUAUUAGCUGAACUUAGAUUGGAUGGGGUGACGUUGUCAAGUAAAAAUCAAUUCAGCCCAUUAAUAGCUGAGCAACAUGUUCUCCUCCUGCUGUUGGAGAAACUGGUAAAUUUCCAAAUAUAAAUAUGUCAAAAAAGCUAAAUUUGCUGAAUUGCCAUCCAUGUACAUAAAAUAACUGUACAGAACUUUAAAACAAUGGAAUAAGCACAUUAUUGAUGGAGACCUACAUCUGCAUUGUCAAGUAUAUUGAAGGAUAUCUUUGCUUGUAGUUUCAAAUGAAAUUGCAGAAAACUGCAGAUUGCAAACCCAUGUAGCAUUUAUCUACACAGUCUAUCCUUUGUUCGUUACAACAUGUGCUCUACCAGAUUUCUGCAAGGAGAUCAAAUAAGUGUAGAAAUGACCAUGGGGAUUGCUCAUCAUGAGGGGAAGUUACUCAUCGCAGUGACUUGACACUCCUAUCACCCCUGCGCUUUGACAAGCAGUACAUUGACCCUACUUUACAGCCAGGGGCAUUGGGACAAUUUUUAUAGUGGGGGUGCUGAAAGCCUUUGAACAAAACUAUAAACCCUGUAUAUGAUGGAAACCUUACAUUAAGCUGGGGGUGAGGGGUGCUGCAGCACUCCCAGCACCCUUAGUUCCACAUCCCUGUUCACAGCAAGUAUAGCAGCCUUUUAUAGAAAGGCUUCUGGGUGUCAAACAGAGCAACAUCAGGCGUCCAAGUUAACUCUGUACCCUAAAUUCAGCACCUUUUCCAUACUGCAAUCUAGUGGGAUUUCAGUAAGGCACUGGGGCAGUCACAUGACUGGAUGCAGUGCACAAAUCCACAUGCUGUGCUCAGCAAUGGCAGCAUAUGUGCUUGGAUGCAGUCUGCUUGGAUGCAGAUCUCUGUGCACUCUCUUGGAGGAUGUUGAUCAUUGUAGAACAGAGUGCGGUAUGGACACACAUGCACACAGUGAUCAUUUUAAAAUCAAUUCCGCAGGCUUCUUUGUGCAUUUCUGAAUGUAUAGUAAUUUGUAUUGUACAAAUGAUUCUGUGAGGUGCCAGGUUUCUUCCACUCCUGCUGCAGUAAGGAUACAUUCCAAUAUGAAUUGUAGGAUUAGGAAAUGACUAAUACAUGGCAAAGAACAUUAGUGAGCCUUACUGCAUGGAAGCAUACUGCCCCCAGGGGGUUCAAUACUUGAAGUACAUCUGUAACACAACUCAUUCUUCAAAAUGCCUAUAGUAGUAAUUGGUCAUGACUGGACAUCUGCCAUUCAGCAACAAUUACUCCUGGGAGAAUUCGGCACCAAAAAAUUAAAAAUUCUGUUCACAAUAUUUUAAAAUUCUGCAUAUUUUAUUUGUCAAAAUAAUGCAAUAUAAUCACUAUGGUUCCAAUUGUUUUGGUAAUUUAUUUAAACUGCAAUAUAAUGGAUAGAGAAUGGGAGUGGGGAACAGAUCCCCUUGCCUAAUAGUAAUGUAGCUAGGUUUGACCCUUUAUUUCAAGUCAACAAAUAUAUGCAGCCAUAUGCUCAGUGUUACAACAUAGGCAAAUGAAGACCAAGUAAGGGCAGGGGAAUCAAACUCACAAUUUAUGUUGGCUACUGACCAUCUCUGAAAGGUCAGUAGCCAACAGUUCAUGGAGCACAUUGUGAUAGGAAAUUUUUUCAGUCCAAAAAUUUAGACCAGUUCUAAUUACUAAAGCACCAUCAGCAUUUAUAAGGCCAUACUGUCUUUUAUCCUGGGCACUCUGGCAAUGAAAAGAAGCCUUAACACUUUUACACCUGUUUUAUACUCCUGGGGAAAUUCACAAAGACAAUGGGAACACUAAGCAGGCAGGCUGCUACAUUCUGCUCUGCCUGAGGGGACAGAGCCUGCCCCACGCCUACCUCCUCAGAAACACCCCGAAGCCUGCCCCUCCAUGCUGAGCAUGCUGCAAUAGCGAGUGAGAGGGACAGAGUCUCUCUCUCACGCGCAUCCCCCUCCCGGCAGUGAUUUACGUCUCUACCGGCUGCCCAAACUGACCUGCCUGCACUGUUGGGAAGGGGCACAUGACCGCUCUUGUGGCUUCCCUACCAGAAGUCAUUUUUCUGUGGAGAAGCAAAGAAAUCUGCAGGGGACAUGAAUUCUGUGCACGCACAAUGACGCAAAAUUCCCCCAGGAGUAAACAGUUGCUGUUAUUGUAGGUUCCACUGCCAGAGAAGUGAGUACAAUAGGAAUUCUGAAGGCAGUGAUACAGAGCAGCCAUCAACUGUAGGGCAGUUACUCUGCAAAAGGAGCCUCUUGCUUUCAGAAUACAUCCUUUUAAAAUAUUAAUAUUUAUAUAUUAUACACAUUGCAUUUAAAAACAGGAUGUUGCACAGUAAUGUAAUGUAAAAAUUCCAGUUGCACAGUAAUGUAAUGUAAAAAUUCCAGCCCACUGGGUCUGAAACUAGAGACAUACUUUUUUUUCUCUUAGCGCUCUCAUGUUUUCAUGAGACACUCCAAGGCAAGAUCCCAGUUCUGUAGUCCUUAUGUAAGCAGUCACACUCACUGAUGGAGGUGAGUAAGGGCGGCAGGAUCUGGACCUAAAUUUGUGUGCUUCAUCUGAAUUUAUCCUUGUCCCUUCGAUAUAAAGCAGAAAAAAGUAUAGCUUAAAUAAAGCUAAUUAGAGUAAGCCUAUAUAAAACUAUUAUUUAAAGUAGUUUAUAGCUGUAAGGAAACCCAAGGAUAAGGAGAAAAGCUCAAGACCCUUUACCUAUAGCUACUUUAUCUUUAAAUGCACACAAAUACACGAUAGGCUAAAUUUUUCAGGGAAUCUUCCCUUCAGUUGCCAGUUCUUUAAAGGUUGGAGCUGGUCACUUUAGAAUUUCCGGCUUUUCAGAGCUUUUCUAAUAUAAGCUACAUUUUAAAAUCUUUAACUCUGACCUAAAUGUAAAAAUGGUGCACAUGUUAAAUUUGACUGUUAAGCACUUUGCUCAGGUACAGCACAGGCAGCAGCAAUGCAAGCUUUCUCAUUGCCCUGCCAAUAACAAUACUUAGUACUGUAAAACUGUUAAUGUGCCUCAAGCCCUGAUAUGAAGGGACCAUGUAAGCAGGAGAAGAGGGCAGUAACUCACUGAGCACUGGAAACGUUAAAGGAUGCAGUUUGCUUGGGAGUAUUUUUUUCAAUAUAAAAGAUUUUAGAUGGUCACUUUGAAUUACUUCUGGUCCCCACCAAGUAUCUUGCUACUUGUCACUAGAUCUGAGAAUAAUUAUUGAUUAUUAAUAAAUAUGAACCUGAAUCAAAACCUUGGAACAGAACACUCCCAAACUUUCCAUCUAAAUUCUUAUACUACCCAUCACUGUGAGAUGGGAAAGUUUAGAUCCAGAUCCAAACUUCACAGUUGGUAUCCAUUGCUAAAUAAUCAUUUGUUCUUCUGUAGUGCCUUUCACUGGAGGCUUUUGCAGCUCUUUGCAAACAUUAAUGAAGUCUGCUUCACAAUACUCCUGUGAGUUAGGUAUCAUUGCUCCCAUUUUAUAUAUGGGCAUUUCCAUAUCAGCAGGGCUUAGUCAUACUGCAGUCCAUGACGUUACCUUCAUAGUGCAGUUGAAACUCAGAAGGAAGUGAUACCUACCCCACUCUGCAAAUCUGGGAUUUUUGUGGCACUCGAAGGGCCAUAUUCUCCCAUUAAUUACACUAGUGGAGCCUCAUGAAAAUAAAAUUUUCUGCGGGCAUAAAUGAAGGCAGCUCCAUUGAGUUCAAAAGAAUUUUGUCUGUUCACACCAGCAGAAGAUUUGGCUCAGUGUGGUUGUCAUUGAACCAGAGACAAUGACCAUAAUACAAAAAAAUGCCCAUAGGGCAGCCUGGGGUUGAACUCAAGGUGCUAACUAGAGUUAAAAGCAGCAUUGCUGUGUCUUAAUUGCUAUUCUAACCUGAGUUAUCCAAUGUGGAUUAGCUAACCAAAUGAAGAAUACACUUUUUUGGAGGUGCAGUGUAGACAUACCCUAAAAGUGGAUGCCUCUUUGCUCCUCCUUUCCCUGUCUCAGCCCUAGAAUUCUGACACUGAACUCUUGGAAUUACCGGAGUUCAGGUAAUUAAACCCUGGCAUAAUUCCAUCAGUGAUGAUAAUGCCAUAGGUUGUUGUGAGGCAAAAAUCAGAUAUGAUUCACAAUCUGCUGAGAAGGGACAUGUACAGCUCCCUGUGCUAGAUUUAGUGAGUGAUCCAUACAGGUGUCUGAGCAUGGGAUGACCAAGUUUGCUGGGUACAUUUUGUCUGUUUUAGGCAGACAGAAAUCUCCAGAAAUGACACUUCCAGAAUUCCAAUUUAGAAGUUAGAAGUCAACACUUUUUGUGACUAAUCCUAUCAUUUAUUUUAUGCACAAAAUACCUCCUUUUACUAAAGAUGGCAUUACAAAGAGGCAAAAUAAAAACAGAUUUUAAAGUGUUCAGGAUGAUCAAUAAUUUUCCCUCCAAGUUUUUCCUCCCCUAUCUCAAGCUGUCUUUACCAAAUCUGUCUUGUAGACAAGCUUCUUACUCUACUGUAAAGAUGGAACUGAAUUUAUACCCUACCUCUCAAUAAAUACAGGCAUUGGCAUAUGUUGGAAUCUGAACCUUAAUAUCAAGGCUGACACGAACUCUGUAAUGGACCAAAUCAAAACCGCAGAGCUGAAAAUACCCGCACCCCAAACCUUAAAAUGUUCAAAAUCCAGAUCUGAAUCUUUCAGCUCAGGCCCAUCUCUACUCUAAAGCUAGUAACUUACUGGCUGCUCAUGGUUCAUUGUGAGUAGUUUUUAACACAUAAGGCUUGAUCCUACUAAGUGGUGAGACCUCAACAUCCACUGACUUAAGGUGAGAAUGAUAAAUAUUAUUUCAGUGAUGCUUUUGUCUCUUUACCCCACAAAUACUGCAGUAUAACGCCUACUUUCAAAUGAUAAGAAAAAUAAGAAACUAACUUCAAUACAUGCACAAUUAUUUGAUGAUUUAAAUGUCUCAAAUUUGGAGACACAUGGAAAAAACAGAUGCUAAAGCCUCAAAUUUUAAGACUUCUUGAAUUUCUGUACAAAUGUCUGGUAUUAAAAUGAUCAAAUACAAGUAAAAGCAAAGGGAAAACUGUAAUAUAUUUACAGUAUCUGUAAUAUAAAAAGGUGGUCACUUUCUCAAACUGUCUAGUAUUGUUGUAAUAGCAAAAGGAAAGAAACCAAGCAGUAUAGUUUUAGGAAGAAUUUUUUUUUAAAGCAGAAAGAUUCAUUGGGUGUCUUCAAAGGCUGUUCCUGAUUGGUUAUGUUUUGAGCACUACUCUCUGUUAACACUAAAGAAAUAUGACCUUUGGCAUUCCUUUAUCAAUAGUUUCUGUCUGAAUGCAGGGAAGGGAUGGAAGUAUGCCGGGUUUACACACAUACCAUUUGAAAAAUAUAGUGCUUUAAUGAAACCUUAAGUUAUUGUUAAAUAUUGGUGCCUUUAAAAAAAAAACCACAAUAGUUCAUAACAAACAAGACGUGCCUGUAAUUUUAUUUAAAUAAAACUGAUUUAU